UUUCCCACAAAACCUAAUUAAAAAAAAAAAGAAGAGAGAAUUCAAAUUCAAAUUCGAUUAGACGGAGGAGAGAAGAAUCAGAUUCGCUCGCUCACAUGGCGACGAAGCUUCUGGCGCUUACAUGCAUACGGAAAGAGAGAUUCAGCGAGCGUUACCCUCUGGUACGGAAGCAUCUGACCAGGUCUCGCGGCGGCGGCGGCGCCGGAGAUGGAUCGUCGUCGGAGACUUUGGCGUUUGAGAUCGAAGAGGAGAUUUCUAGGGCGAUUUUUCAAGUGUUGGGGAUGACUUGCUCUGCUUGCGCUGGAUCUGUUGAGAAAGCUAUCAAACGUCUCUCUGGGAUUCACGAAGCUGUCAUCGAUGCGUUGAACAAUCGGGCUCAGAUCCUGUUUUACCCUAACCUUGUUGAUGUGGAGACAAUUCGUGAGACUAUUGAAGAUGCUGGGUUCGAAGCAUCACUGAUUGAAAACGAGGCGAAUGAGAGGUCUAGACAAGUUUGCAGGAUAAGAAUUAGCGGUAUGACUUGUACCUCUUGUUCUUCAACGAUCGAACGAGUUUUGCAAUCGGUUAACGGUGUACAGAGAGCUCAUGUUGCGUUAGCAAUUGAGGAAGCUGAGAUUCAUUAUGAUCCUAGGCUCCUUAGUUACGAUAGACUAUUGGAAGAGAUAGAGAAUGCUGGGUUUGAAGCUGUGCUUAUAAGUACGGGAGAGGAUGUGAGCAAGAUUGAUUUGAAGAUUGAUGGUGAGUUUACUGAUGAAUCUAUGGAGAUAAUUGAAAGAUCUCUUGAAGCACUUCCUGGUGUUCAAAGUGUUGAGAUCAGCCAUGGAACUGAUAAGAUAUCUGUAUUGUACAGACCUGAUGUGACAGGGCCUAGGAAUUUCAUUCAGGUGAUUGAGUCUAUUGUCUUUGGUCAUAGUGGUCACAUCAAGGCAACGAUAUUUUCCGAAGGAGGGGUAGGCAGAGAAUCUCAGAAGCAAGGGGAGGUUAAGCAGUACUAUAAGUCGUUUCUGUGGAGUUUGGUUUUUACGGUCCCUGUGUUUUUGACAGCCAUGGUUUUUAUGUAUAUCCCUGGAAUUAAAGAUUUGCUGAUGUUUAAAGUCAUCAAUAUGCUGACCGUUGGAGAAAUCAUAAGGUGGGUUUUGGCUACACCUGUCCAGUUUGUUAUCGGUUGGAGAUUUUAUACUGGUGCUUACAAGGCUUUACGCCGGGGAUCGGGUAACAUGGAUGUUCUGAUUGCUCUGGGAACAAAUGCAGCUUAUUUCUAUUCGUUGUAUACAGUGCUGAGAGCUGCAACCUUUCCUGAUUUCAAGGGAGUAGAUUUCUUUGAGACUAGCGCCAUGCUCAUUUCGUUUAUCAUAUUAGGAAAAUAUUUGGAGGUUCUGGCUAAAGGAAAAACAUCUCAAGCGAUCGCAAAGCUUAUGAACUUGGCACCUGACACUGCGAUAUUGUUGUCCUUGGACGACGAAGGGAAUGCGACUGGUGAAGAAGAGAUUGAUGGUCGUCUGAUACAGAAGAAUGACGUGAUCAAAAUCGUUCCCGGUGCUAACGUUGCUUCAGAUGGUUAUGUCAUAUGGGGACAAAGUCAUGUGAAUGAAAGUAUGAUAACUGGAGAGGCAAGGCCAGUGGCAAAGAGAAAGGGUGAUACAGUGAUAGGAGGCACUUUGAACGAGAAUGGAGUUCUGCAUGUUAAGGUUACAAGGGUUGGUUCAGAGAGUGCUCUUGCUCAGAUUGUACGACUUGUCGAGUCUGCGCAGCUGGCGAAAGCUCCAGUACAGAAGUUGGCUGAUCGGAUUUCCAAGUUCUUCGUUCCUCUGGUAAUAUUUCUCUCGUUCUCAACUUGGCUUUCCUGGUUCUUAGCUGGGAAACUGCAUUGGUACCCUGAAUCCUGGAUUCCUUCUUCAAUGGAUAGCUUUGAGCUAGCUCUUCAGUUCGGGAUCUCUGUCAUGGUCAUAGCUUGUCCAUGUGCUCUCGGGCUGGCUACUCCAACUGCUGUUAUGGUUGGUACUGGGGUCGGUGCAUCCCAAGGUGUGCUGAUAAAGGGUGGCCAAGCUCUAGAAAAAGCACACAAGGUAUCUUGCAUUGUCUUUGACAAGACAGGAACUCUAACAAUGGGGAAGCCCGUGGUUGUGAAAACAAAACUCCUGAAAAACAUGGUACUUCGAGAGUUCUAUGAACUUGUUGCUGCAACUGAGGUAAACAGUGAGCAUCCGUUAGCAAAGGCCAUUGUUGAGUAUGGUAAGAAAUUUAGAGAUGACGAAGAGAACCCUGCGUGGCCUGAAGCCCGUGAUUUUGUGUCCGUCACUGGAAAUGGAGUUAAAGCAAUCGUUAAAGGAAGAGAGAUUAUGGUGGGAAACAAGAGUUUGAUGACUAGUCAUGGAGUUAUUAUUCCAGUCGAAGCUGAAGAGUUGCUAGUCGAUGCUGAAGAUCUGGCCCAGACCGGGAUUCUUGUCUCCAUAAACAGCGAGUUGAUUGGAGUUUUGUCUGUUUCGGAUCCUUUAAAACCGAGUGCUCGAGAAGCCAUCUCCAUUUUAAAAUCCAUGAAUAUCAAAAGCAUCAUGGUAACUGGUGACAACUGGGGAACUGCGAAUUCCAUUGCUGGAGAAGUUGGUAUCGACUCUGUUAUCGCAGAAGCUAAACCUGAGCAAAAAGCAGAGAAAGUCAAGGAAUUACAGGCUGCGGGACAUGUUGUGGCAAUGGUGGGUGACGGAAUCAACGACUCACCUGCUCUCGUGGCAGCGGAUGUCGGGAUGGCAAUUGGUGCAGGAACCGACAUUGCCAUAGAAGCAGCGGAUAUAGUUCUGAUGAAAAGCAACUUAGAAGAUGUGAUCACAGCAAUCGAUCUUUCUAGGAAAACGUUCUCAAGAAUCCGUCUCAACUACGUAUGGGCUCUCGGGUACAACCUCAUGGGGAUACCGAUAGCUGCUGGAGUGCUUUUCCCCUGGACACGUUUCAGGUUGCCUCCAUGGAUUGCAGGUGCUGCAAUGGCUGCUUCUUCUGUUAGUGUUGUGUGUUGCUCUCUCUUGCUGAAGAACUACAAGCGACCUAAGAAGCUUGAUCAUCUGGAGAUCCGGGAGAUUCAGGUGGAGCGAGUUUAAAAAAGUUAACUAAACAGAGUUUUAUGGGUUGUUAUAUUUGAUGAAUCAUUAAACCGUACUUUAAAUUUUCACUCCUCAUCUAGAAAUAAAGUCCAUUAACUAUUAAUGGAUUUACUUUGCCUCCAUUAUAUAUUUAUAUUUUAUAUAUUCGGAAUCUAAUUGAAUAAAACACUGAAUAUAUAAUUCAAACA